GUUGUACUACGCUAACCAGAGUCGCGUAUCACGAUAUCAGCUAUGUCAUUGCGCUUCAAUCCAAGCCAUCAUUACUCUCUCACGCUUACAAACUUUAUUUUGCAAGCAAUCGACCGGUACAAUGCCCUAAUUCUUUACUCUGAGCACUCCCGACAACCGGCAGCAUUUAGAGUGUUGCUGCUGGAAUUUAGUAGUAGGCACUAAGCUUGCCGAUGGAAAGUUCUUACGCGUUUACCUGUCAGUUAUGCCGCGCAAGGCUGACGCUCGUGGGAAGUCUCGAGGCUGCCCCUGGAACGGAAUCAGCAGCAUGGGUGGGAGGUCGUGGCUUGCUUGUGCCUCCUCACUUGCAAGCGAGCGUGUUUGACCACUCCAAUGUGGAUGAGUCCUUCAUUGUGCUGGACGGCAAGCGGCAAGGACCCGCCACCUCCCCCCUCAACCAGCCCCUGCCCUCCGGCCACCCCCACGCUCACCUGCACCCCCAUCCGGCUUCGCAGCACCCGCACCUGCCCCCACACCUGCAGCCCCCGCCCCACGCGCGCGGCCUGGAGGAGUCCUUUGUCAUGCUGGGCGCGGCCUCCGUGCUGCGACCGCCCCCAGGCCUGCACCCGCAGCAUCCCCAAUCCCACCCGCACCCCCAUGCAGCACAGCAGCAGCCGCACCAUCACCCGCCGGGGCUGAGCCCGCUGCACCUGCAAGCCCUCCAGCAACAGCAAGCGAUGAUGCAGCAACAACAGCAGCCGCAGCAGCCACAGCCACCUAGCCAGCUGCUGCCACCGCAGCAGCUACAGCAGCAGCCAUCGCUGCCGUCUGCGCCAUCCGCAGGCCCCCACUCCCAGCCGCCCUCCUCCUCAGCUCCCAUCUCCAUCCAACCUCUUCCUCCUCCCCACCACCAGCAGCAGCAACCCUACCCCCACCCCCACCAACAACACGCCCUACCACCGCAGCAGCAGCAACCAGCCUCCCCUCCGCAGCCAACCCCGCUGGCUGGGCCCUCCCGAAGAGGCAUCACCACCACCACCGUCUCCUCCUCCGGCUCAGCCGGGGGUGCGAAUGCUGCGGGUCCAGGAGGCGGAGCAGGAGCAGGGCCCCUGUCCGGCAGCCCGGCAGCGGAUACCGGGGACGGCCACCCUCCUCCCCGCGGUGGCCCGGGGCGAGUCAGCAGCGGCGGUGAGGGAGGAGCCUGCGGCAGUACAGGUGGAGGAGGAGGCGGAGGAGGAGGAGGGGGAGCUGCCGGGUCGGGGCUGGAUGCCAAGCUGCAGGCGCUCGCACAGCUGUUUGAGCUGGCCUCCACCAACACGCAGGUGGAUCACCCGCUGUGCAUGGACUGCGUGGGACAGCUGAAGGAGGAGAUGGAGGCGCAGAUUGCAGAAGCGGAACGGGAAAUCGCGGCCUACAGCGCCUGCCUAGCCCAGCUGGAGGGCGCAGCGGGGGCCUCUCCGCAGGCGGAAGGGCAGGCCAGCGACGAGGGCGAGGUGGCGGCAGCAGCAACGGAGGGUGCGGAGGCGACUGUUGCCUUGCUUGGCGGUGGAAACGGCGGUGGGGCGCUACUGCUGCCGGGUGGUGGUGGUGGCCGGGUUAGUGGUGGUGGUGCUGGUGUCAGUGGUAGCGGUGGCGGUGUGUGUAGGGAGGCUGAGGAGUACCAGUUGGAGGAGAUCAGCCGACUGGAGCAGGAGCGGGACCAGGAGAGGGCUCGCGCAGAGGUGCUGGAGGCCGAGCUGGCCGCCGUGGUUUCGGAGCUGUCCUGCCUGUCGUCCGCCGCCGCCGACCUGGACAGCCUGGAGGAGCGCUACUGGCACGAUGUGAACGAGCUGGAGCUGCUGCUGCGGCACCACGGGGAGGAGCGGGGGGCGCUGCUGGCGCGGAUAGACCGGGCGGGGCAGCGGCUGCAGCUUCUGAGGAACACGUCGGUGCUGCACGACGCAUUCCAGAUAUGGCACGACGGCCCGUUCGGCACCAUCAGCGGCUUCCGUCUGGGCCGCACCCCGGAGGUGCCGGUGGAGUGGGACGAGAUCAACGCGGCGUGGGGGCAGGCGGUGCUGCUGCUGCACACCAUGGCGCAGAUGACCAAGCUGCAGUUCAGCCAGCACCGGCUGCAGCCGCUGGGCUCCCACCCGCGCAUCUCCGACAAGCGCUCCACCUACGACCUGUUCGGGCCCGUGUCCAAGCUCUGGUCCGCCAACUACGACCGCGCCAUGGUGGCCUACCUGGCGUGCCUGCGGGAGUUCGGGGAGCAUGCGCGGCGCAAGGACGUGCAGGACGGCAAGCCCACGCAGUUCAACUUCCCCUUCCCAAUCGACGGCGACAAGGUCAACACCUACACCAUCAAGCUCACACUCAAUAAGGACGCCAAGUGGACCAAGGCGCUCAAGUUCAUGCUGGCAAACCUUAAGACCGCGCUGCAAUGGUGCGUCAGGCAGGAUCAGUCGCAAGAUGUGCCGCAGCUGCAACAGUUGCAGCAGGAGGGACCGCAGCUGGUGUCGCAGCCUUGAGCAUGCUGCCGUCAUCCGGGCUGCGCUUUGCAUACAUCACAUGUCGCUAUGCAGUAAUGCAAUUACCUAGUUGAUUGACAGCUUUAGUGCAGGAUGGAAGCCAUCCCAUAGCUUUCUCUAGCUUAUCUUCUUCCGGCUCCUCGACUUCUGUGUUGGUGGAAACGUAAUCCGGGAGCGUAAGCAUGUAAUUGGGUUCUAAAUGGCCAUGGCGUUAGAUCGGUAGAUGAUCUGUUACAUCGUAAUGCACAGGGUACGAUGGGAGCGUGCAGGACAAUGGUCUGUGUGGAAGCCGCAUACGCCAUGCAGACGCGAGGACCCGUAAAAGGCCUCCAUGGUGUAUUCCUUGUAAUAUAAGCUUUACAACUAUAAAUCUACUAUACGCUUGGUCGUAUAUAUCAACCUGACAAUAGGCUCACGUUAUACCUGACAACUUGGCCACGUUGCUCCACGAUUUUCCCCUGUAACUCUUUUAGCAGUGAAUACGCAAGUUGGGAUAGCCCCUUACUGGUUCAUUGGCCUCAGGGAAUAACCCUUAUCAGCUUGGCGUCUCGGGCAUCUCGUUCUGUCCUUUGGGAAUAGAUUGCGCACUUCGCUAUCCAUAGUAUACAGCAGGUCACGUAGAAAUGUUGCGGCGUGGGGCACAGCGGCUUCAGCUGCUGCUUCAGCAGCAUCCAGGGCUCGCCAGUGAGGAGGCUUUGCUUGCUGAGCGCCUGCUCUCAGGACGUCUGGCUGGCCCAUCGAGCAGCCCCUAUACAUUAGAUGCUGCUUUUGGGUUGACCCGGUUGUUUACAAAGCAAGCAGUCCGUAAGGGCAUGCUCACCAGUCACUCGGUGUUCCUGAGCGGCCUUCUGAAGCAGGAGGAGGGCUUCUUUGCAAAGGUUUUCCAACGAGCUAUGGGCAGCAAUGCCCCACGGAAAGGCUUUGAGAACUUCAUGCCACGGACGGCGGGUGCUUCAAAGGCAACAAAGACGCCCAAGGCGGAGGGCAGCGGCGGCGGCGGCAACCAGAAAGGCAACGAGGGAGGGUCAGACCCCGACGCCCAGAACGCCUGGUACCGGCUCUUCAACAUGCUCGCGCUGCUGGCCGCCGUCAUGUACUUGUCGUACGGACGGGACGGCGGCAACCGCCAGGGCGGUGGCCGUACGGCGGAGAUCAGCUUCCAGGAGUUCCGCAACCGCCUGUUGGCGCAGGGCGUGGUGACGCGACUAGAGGUGGCUAACGGCAACCUGGUCAAGGUCUACGUCCGCGCGGACGCCACCGAGGAGGUGCACGGCGCCCCCGGAGCCGCCAUGGCCCCCCAGCAGCACGAGGAGGUGUUCUACACGGACGCGCGCGCAGCUCCCGGCGCUGCGUCGGGUGCAGGCGCUGCUGCUGCUGCGGGUGCGGGUGCCGCUGCUGCGGGCGGAGUGCUGCGGUACUACUUCCACAUCGGGUCGGUGGACUCGUUCGAGCGGAAGCUGGAUGAGGCGCAGCGGGAGCUGGGCAUCCCGCCGCACAUGGCGCUGCCUGUAAAGUACGUUGACGAGGUCAGCCUGCUGAACGUGCUGGUUGACGUGGCUCCCACGCUGCUGCUCAUGGGCGCCACCUACUGGCUCAUCAGCCGCCAGAUGCGGCAGAUGACGGGCAUGGGCGGGCUGGGCGGGCGCGGCGGGCUGGGCGGGCGGAACAGCAAGGGCGGGCAGGGCGGUGCGGCGGGCUUCUUCGGAAUGUCCAAGGCAAACGUGUCGUUCAUGGAGAAGACGAAGGACAAGGUCAUGUUCAAGGACGUGGCGGGGUGCGACGAGGCCAAGGUGGAGAUCAUGGAGUUCGUGGACUUCCUGAAGAACCCCAACAAGUACAAGGACCUGGGAGCCAAGAUCCCCAAGGGAGCGCUGUUGGUUGGUCCCCCCGGCACCGGCAAGACGCUGCUGGCCAAGGCCACCGCGGGCGAGGCGGGUGUGCCCUUCCUGUCCAUCUCGGGCUCCGACUUCAUGGAGAUGUUUGUGGGAGUGGGACCCGCGCGUGUGCGUGACCUGUUCGCGCAGGCCCGCAACCAGAACCCCUCCAUCAUCUUCAUCGAUGAGAUCGACGCCAUCGGUCGCGCGCGUGGUCGCGGGGGCGGCAUGGGCGGCCACGAUGAGCGCGAGAACACCCUCAACCAGCUGCUGGUGGAGAUGGACGGCUUCGCCACCACCACCGGGGUGGUGGUGCUGGGGGGCACCAACCGCCCGGACAUCCUGGAUAAGGCGCUGCUGCGACCCGGGCGGUUCGACCGCAUGAUCACGGUAGACACGCCCGACAUCAAGGGCCGCGAGCAGAUCUUCCGCGUGCACCUGCAGAAGCUCAAGCUGGUCAAGAGCCCCGACUACUACGCGGAGCGGCUGGCGGCGCUCACCCCCGGCAUGAGCGGUGCCGACAUCGCCAACGUAUGCAACGAGGCGGCGCUGCAUGCGGCGCGCAAGAACCUGGAGGCGGUGGACAUGGCCAACUUCGAGGCCGCCAUCGACCGUGUCAUUGGCGGCCUGGAGAAGAAGAACAAGGUCAUCUCCAGCGAGGAGCGGCGCACCGUUGCCUACCACGAGAGCGGGCACGCGGUGGUGUCCUGGUUCCUGGAGUACGCGGAGCCGCUGCUCAAGGUGUCCAUCGUGCCGCGAGGAACCGCCACGCUGGGAUUCGCGCAGUACCUGCCCAACGAGAACAUGCUGCUCACGAAGGAGCAGCUGCUUGACCGCGUGUGCGCCACGCUGGGCGGUCGUGCCGCUGAGCAGGUGAUGCUGGGCAAGAUCAGCACGGGCGCGGUGAAUGACCUGGAGCGCAUCACGCAGAUGGCGUACUCACAGGUUGCCGUGUACGGCAUGAACGAGAAGGUUGGCCUGGUGUCCUUCCGCAUGGACCGGGAGGCCUUCGACAAGCCCUACUCCGACGAGACGGCGCGGCUGAUCGACGAGGAGGUGCGCGCCUUUGUGGACAUGGCCUACAAGCGCACGGUGGCGAUGGUGGAGCAGUACCGGCCGCUGAUCGAGGCGAUGACGCAGGAGCUGCUGCACAAGGAGGUGUUGAACCUGGACGAUGUGGAGCGGCUGCUGGGCCGGCGCCCCUUCCAGUCGCAGGAGCUGCGCAACAUUGACCGCUUCAGGCACGGCGCCAGCGGGAAGGCCGCGGAGGAGGGAGAGGCGGAGAAGGUAGCGGAGAAGGCAGCGGAGGAGGAGGGUGGCAACGGGGAUGAGGAGCAGAAGGACGAGGAGGGUGGGAGUGGCGGCGAUGAUGAGGCGCCUCGGAAGAAGAAGGGCGGUCGCAGGCCUGGUCUGAUUGUGGCGACGUGAGCGGCGCAUGUGUGAGGAAGGAAGGGGGGUUGGGGGUUGCUGAUGUGGGUGGGGGGAAGGGUUGUAAUCAUGUAACGGAUGGUUGGUGGGAGGGGUGUGGGAAGACGAUGGCUGUCGUCUGAUGGUUUGAGAGCGAGCGACUGGACAGCAGGAGGGCGCGAGAGGUGGGGUGGAGGAAUCAGGGGCGUCAUGCAGGUGUGUGUGCUUCUGCCACUGCGGCUUGUGUGCGCUGCUACUGCUGUCCAGGUUGGCUUACCUUUUGCGUACGGAAGCGUCACUGUUGGUGACAUGCCUCAGGUUGUCUUCGUUGUCGGUACGGGUUAACUUGCUGCGAAAGACAAGGGUCACAUACGCCGGGUGGGGGAGGCUUUCUCCUGUGUUUGCGUGGACCUGCUUGUGUUGGAAACGCCGGGGCCCACGAGGCAUCGCACCUCGUUCAUGCGGGUGCAGGAAGUCACGCGAUGGGUUUCUCGCCGCUAGCUAAAUGCGCCAUGACUCUCCUAUGUUGUGUGUUUUGAAAACCUGUACAUCCUGUGUGGCCAAAUUGGUUGUGCAUGUUUGUUGAGGACGUGUUGGGUGUGAAAGGCAGCGUGUCGCUGCUCCGCGGCCCCAAUUUCGCUGGCAGCAACCCACCUUGGAAGUGCUCUCGCUUUCCUGGUUUCGUUGCGGUCUCUUUUGUGCGUGUGUUGCAUCGUCUCCUUUCCUGUUUUGUUCAAUUGUGUUUUUUGCGCCGUGGUUGGGCUGGCCUGGCUACGUGUCAAAGGAGGGCAAGGGGGUGAACAGUUGUUGCUGGUGUGGUCGUUUGGAUGCUGAAACCUCACGAACUCCAGUGCGUGGCUCGCCGUGAAACCGUUGCGCAUAAGAAUCGGGAUCUUGCGCUGUUAGAAGCUGUAUAUCAGGAGCUGUAUAAGCUAUGAAGGACCUCGUCUGACGCGGCUGCAUGUUGCUACCAACAUGUGGACAUGCGGCAAGCUGUAAUGUAUGGUAAUUGCAACUUCGAUCCAGAUGCACGCAUGGGUGUCGACUUGUCCUCCCGUUGCCCACAUUUGGUGGAGGAAAGCAGAGCGGCAUCCUGCGAUCUGUAGACGGG